AUGAACCAACAGAAUCAAGGACCUGGCCUUCCAUCAAAUGUUCCAAUGAAACGAAAACGUGGCCGACCACGAAAAGAAGAGAAUGUAAUCCAUGGAGUGCAUAAACCUGAGAAUAUGUUGAACUUCAACCAAUCAGCCGGCAUAAUGAACAACUCCGACAGUGGAAUGUUAGGGAAGAUGGUCACCGGUGUCAUUGAAGCAUCAUUCAGUGAUGGAUAUCUUGUUAAUGUUAAGGUGGCAGAUUCUGAUUCUUUUUUGAGAGGCGUCGUGUUUCUUCCAGGUCAAGUUACUCCAGUUACCGCAGAAAAUGAUGUGGCCCCUCAUGUUCAAAUGAUCAAAAGAAAAGACUUUCCAAUUCCAAUGUCAAUGCCAAACCCUCAUACUAAUGAAGUACACGUUUCUCUUCCCACAUUGCAAUCUAUCGAGCCACACAUACUGACGCCUUUUCCUGGAGUGCACCUUCUUCCACCGGCAGAGGUUCAUUCUGGCAUCUCAGUUCCACCAAACAUAUCCGAGAUGGAAUGUGACAAAACUGUUGAACAAAGGGAUAAAUUGCAUCAUGAACUCGAUGCAUCCACGCAGGUAGAAGAACCCAGUGCUGAACCACGGCCUGCAUCAGAAACUAUGAACCUGUUGCCAACAAUUGAAAACACUAUUAGCGAGCUAAGAAAUCAACAUCAAGAAUUUCCUUCCGUGAAUCAUUUGAAUGAGUUGGUUCAUAACCAACCGAAUAAUUCAAAUAUUGAACUCAACUUGGUUCCUGCAUCUGCUGAACCCGAAUCCAUGCCAUCCGAACAACAUAAUAAUAAAUCUGUUGAAAUUUUUGAGAAGCAGACCUUGCCCGAAACCGAUUUACAUGAAUAUGCAACAAAGACAAAACCUGUUUCUAUUGAUACUUUGAGCAACGUCGAUAACAUCUCAAACUCAAACGGAAAACCAAGUACCAGUAUAGCCAAUAUUCUUGAACUGGUACCUAAUCAUGCAGUGGAAAGCAACCAACCUGAAUCCAUGCAAUUUGAGCAGAUUGGUCAGUCUGAUCCUUCUGACUUCAAGCUUUCAUAUGAAGGAUGUAACUUCAUGGAGAAGAGUGAUCCUCAAAACUGUAGCUCUCUUGGCGAUGUCAAUAAGGUCGAUUUCGGUCAUCCUAUAGAUGAAUCUUUAGUUGAUGCAGUGCCAUCUGAAAACCAGAUUGGAGCAGGCAAUUGA